AGGCUUUUUUUUUCAUUGCAGGAACUCUGCUGAUUACAUUGAAAUGCCAUUGUAGCAAUGUCACGACAUGACAGUGGUUUGAUCGUCUUCAAAUUUGAUAGGGAACAUCCUGCUUUUGAUGUGAGUGGAAAUGACUUAUUCUAUGCCAACUAUCUUUAUUUGUGGGUGUAUGAUUUCUCAACACAAACCCUACAACAAGGUCCCUCUAUUGGACGCGGCGGAGGGGCGGACGCUGUUGGUCACGGCGGACGCGUGGACGCUGUUGGUCACGGCGGAGGCGUGAACGGUGCUCGAGGCUUCCGUGUUAAUGGCGGUGGCUUUAAUCUAGGUGCCGGAGAUGUGAAUGAGAGAGCUGUUGGACGCGGCGGUGGCGCGAUCGCUGUCGGACGCGGCGGAGGCGCGAACGCUGUUGGGCGCGGCGGAGACGGUGGCGAGAACGCUGUUGGGCGUGGUGGAGGCGUGAACGGAAAUGUUGCUGCGAGAAGACCGUACAGAAUCACCUAUAGCUUGGCAGAGGCAGCGAAGCAUCUCUCGGGAUAGAUUAUCUAUAUGCCAUUUAAGACAAUUGUUUUCUUAGUUUUCAAUUUUUAGCUAUGAAAUUGCUCUGUUUUGGAUUUGUGAUUAUUGUUGAGCUCUUGUUCUAUGCUGCAGCAAAUUAAAGAGAUGUGUGUUUUUGGAUGCCAAAAUAUAUAUGAUGUGUUGAGUACUAGAGGUUUAGUGUAUUAGUAAACACAAAAUGCAGAGCGAGGAACAGACUAAACAGUGGACUCCAGU